AUGUCAACUACAGAAACCAAAACCAAGCCCCAGAAGACUGGUCUGCUUCAGCUACCCAAUGAACUUCUCUUCUUCAUCAUUGAAGAUCAGGAUAUGUGCUGGAAAGAUCAUUUCAACAUCCACCACGUAUCAUCUCGACUCUUUCAACUGACUUUCAAGCACGUAUAUAACGGCGAGAAAGACCUUUUCGAGCAUGCUUGCUCUCGCGCCGAUGUCGAGCUCAUGGUUGAAUGCCUCAAGCACAGAAACGUUCCCACCAGUCAACUUUGGGGACCCGUGUACCAGCCCAGCAUGUGGGUGCAAUGGUACGACAGAGCUGACGCUUUCAAGAAAGCGAAUCGGACACCACUUGAUGCCCUUUCAGAAGGGUAUCGUGAUGAUAAAUUCUCGUCAGAUCAAUAUAUCAAAGCCGCAGAGUGGUUGUUUGAUAACGGGUAUCAUACGCAACAGGUCAAAUGGAACAAGGGCUACGUAAUUAUGUCCGUUUCCCCACCCCUCCUGCUGACCAUGCUCUCAACAGCGACAGAUGCAGACCAUCAUCGAGGUAUCUGUCGGGUAAUUGAGAUCGACUACCUGCUCGGUCUCCUUUUCGAGGAUUUGUUUUGUCCCUGCAUUUUCAAAGGACACAACCCUGGCUUCUUUGCCGAUACCUUGGAGGCCAAGGUAAAAUUGCUGGCCAAGUAUAGCCUCACCAAUAGCGAUGAACAAACAGUACUUGAGGAUAUCCUUCAAGCUCUACGCAGGAUCGAAACAAGACACAGAGAGAAAGGCGGUCUCAACUUCGAGCGCGAUGGCAUAUGGUGCUGGCGCGAGCUUUGCGUCUCAGUCUGCUACCUCUCUGGGAAACACCUCCUCUCCUCACGAGAUCAUUUACUAAACGCGCUUGAAGCAUCUGGCUACAUGGCCUUUUGGAGGACAAUGAUUGCCAAAGAUGUUCGUGAUAAACUCGAUCCGUCCAAGUUCGAAGACAACACUGAAUGCGACUGGGCGAAUAUGCCUUUGGAGGCUUGGGAUAUUCUUCUAGUUGCCGACCGUUUUUGGGUUAAUGGGAUCACAAAAGGGGGUCGUCAUUAUUUUGGUCAGUUGGUUGAGAUUGAGACACACAACUGCUCCAGAGAGUGCAAGACCGGAGAGAAUCUCUAUGCUGGGUAUCAUCAACCUGCAGACACUGACAUUAUUGAUCUCAUAUACAUAUUCCCAUAA